AUGGGGCUAAGUACUGAUUCUGGUAUUCAACAAAGAAAUAAAUUACUUCAAUCAAUUCAACUUUACGAAUGUUUUUGGACUUAUGCUUUAGCUUUGUGGCAUGCAUAUAGCAGCACAAAUGAUCUUUCUGUUUAUCAAAAUGGAACGAUUUUGGCUGAUGCUGUUGGGCAAAGUUUGGAAGGUCCUUUUGGCACAAUAACUUUAAGUGGAUAUCAAAAACGAAUAGCUCCCUACAAACUUUUUUUGGUUCUUUCGUAUAAUUCAAACAACCAAACGCAAAAUUAUAUGGAUGAAAUUGCAAAUAUUUCAAUAACUACAGACUGUUCAAAAUCCCAACUUACAGCUGAUGGAGUUUGUGUUGGAUUGAUAGCCAAUUUAUUUGUUGUUAAUCAAAAGUUGCCUGAUAAUUUUCCCAAAGAUAUUCCAAAUUGUGGAUUUAAUGGGGAACUUUGUGAUAAUAAAAGUAUUAUAAUAAUUAUUGUGAGUGUUGUUGCUGCUGCUAGCUUGGGAAUUGUUAUAUUUUUGUGCUUCAGAAGAGUGUAUGUAUUCAAUAUUUUUUUAAAGAAUAAGAGGCCAAUUCAUUGUUUUUUUAUUAGAAAAUUAUUUUUAAUUAACCAAUUAAUUGUUUUUAAAAACAAUUAG